AUGGUUAUGGAGGCAAAGCUACCUAAUUUGCCAAAGGAGGCAGUUAGUGAGGAUGUUAGUGAGGAUGUUGAGAUCAUUGAUUAUGAUGCCCAAUUCAACGACCUUGACGUUCGUAAUGGUAUUGUGACAUGUGCGGCACUCUCCCUUGAUGGUCGCCAUGUAGCGCUUGGUUUUGGUAGCGGUGUCAUUGAGCUUGCCGAUAUCGACCAGCAGCACACGAUUUCCCGAUUCCAGCUCAAUCCACCCAAUCAUCCAGUCUGGAUUGAAUUUGUUCAUGGCAGCCACCGAGUUGCUGCCAAGGACAAUGAGGGAAACAUCACCAUCCUUAGACACGAUAUGACCCCCAUUAAUCUUGGUACUCUUCCCAACGGUUCUCCUGCUAUAACUCAAGUAUCAGAUAAUGGAUUGUUUAUCAUACGGGUUCCAUGGAACACUGAUAGCCCUUGGUACGACAGCCUGACUCUCAUAUCCAUUUUGGGUGACCCGCACAUGCAGCACCUUGCACCCCCUUCUUCCAAUAAUUUCAUUUCAACUUCCUACCCUCCUAUCUUAGCCUCUGAGUCUUCUACUUCUGUAGUCAACAAAGUGCUCGCUAUUCCUCACCGUCGCACGAUUGGGUUUUCUCCGGGAGCACGUUAUAUCGGCAUUUUCGAUGGCCUCAGGGCUUUCACCUGGUCGACAGAUUCGGGUGAGCUCAUUGUGGGUUAUCAUGUGAUGGAUUUCAAUUUUUGGAUUAUGCAUCCUGCUGUUCCUCCCGCCUGCUUUCAUCGCAUCCCUGAUCCUGUAUCUGCUCGACCUACCCUUCCUUUGACAGAAGGUGGAGCAGCAGAUCAACAUCAUUCCGAAACAGAUGCAGGGCAUAACUUGGAAGAGUCCUGGAUUAAGUGUCCAUUUUAUGUUCUCUUGCAAAGUGAGGAGGAUGACUGGAACGAGUGGAACAAGAAAUGGCAGCAGUUAAUAAUCCAUUCGUCUGCUGCCGGAAGAACCCCAUUGUUUGCGACCAAUGGACGCGCUGGGCUACCAGUUCUCUUCGAUGGCGAAUUAGAAUUCGUUAUUCCCAAGGAGUAUCAACCAGCUGUUUCUUUUGGUGCCAAAGGCCUAGGUGCUUGGUAUGGUGAUCAAGUGCCGUCUGACCCUACCCUUCUGUACAGCCCUCGGUCCAGCAAAGAUGGGACUCGAAUUCUCUUUCAAGGCUGGCAGACAGCUCCAAUUGUUGUUGAUCUCAGCCAAGUCAUUUAG